AUAGACGUCAUUUGCUUUUAAUGGCCUACAGGAAAUGUGGUGUAGCAACAACCCCGGACAUUAAGGCAGAGCAGGGGACAAGGGGGGAAAGGAAACGCCGCAUGCAAAAGUGGCCGGGAAUAGGGGAUAUUUUAAACACGUUUUACUGAGAUUACUUUGUCAACAAGUUAGGUGACUACUGUCUUUAAUUGCCAAAGUAAAUACUUUUUUGAUGGACUGAGGUUAUGUUGUGUUGCUGGUUUUAAUUGAUAAAGGCUGGAGAUGAAAAUGGAUGCCUACUAGCUGGAGAUGCCCGGGGGGGAACUAUUACAUCAGACGGAAUGACAAUGAUUAAAAUCCGCUUUUCCCUGCUCUAAAGCCAUAGAGGAGUGACACUCGCCUGCAGACACCGGGCUACUGAAGAGCAUCUCCAAACCCCCUGCAACCCGCAACUUAUGCUCUGCACCGUUUAUAGCGAUAUCUUUGACUUUUGGCGGACAGUAACAUAAGUUAUUAUCAUCUUUGCUUUGCUUCGUUUCGAGAAAAAGGGGAGUAUCACGAUUUUUUUUGCGUUAAGAAAAUCGCCUGGCGGAGACUGGAGUUGAGCUAAUUGUAGCCUAAUCCCCUGGCCCAAAGGCGUCUGGGCAGCCGGAAGCCACAACUCUUUUCUCAGCUCUGUUAUUUAGAGACGGAUUAUCGGCGUUCUCCUUCUUCCAGUGACAGUUUUAUUCAAGCGAAAAGAGCCGGGGAUUCUUCCACACACACAAACACGCACACACUGAGCGUGCGCCAAACGGAGCCGCGAAGGGGAAGGAAGUCGCUCCUCAUGUACAAGGUCGUCUUCGUUCGCCGGUUGAUUGAUUAAUGAUGCGGUGGGCCGGUUGGAUGGAAGGAAGAAGCAUGUCGCGCCUGUCUCUGACGCGGUCCCCGGUAUCUCCCCUGGCCACGCAAGGGAUCCCUCUCCCGGCGCAGCUCACCAAGUCCAACGCCCCGGUGCACAUCGACGUGGGCGGACACAUGUACACCAGCAGCCUGGCCACGCUCACCAAGUACCCGGACUCCAGAAUAAGCCGUCUGUUCAACGGGACGGAGCCCAUCGUGUUGGACAGCUUGAAGCAGCACUACUUCAUCGACCGCGACGGCGAGAUCUUCCGCUACAUCCUCAGCUUCCUGCGGACCAGCAAACUGCUGCUGCCCGACGACUUCAAGGUAGGUCCGGCCUCGCCCCCCCCACAGCCAGGGACCUCCUCUGGGGUCCCCCUCCCUCUCUCCGGGGGAACCGACCUCUAUGAGGGGAUGUGGUCGUUUAUAUAGAGUUCCACACCGUUC